AUGAAUCCGCUCCGAUUCCUCUGGGGCUUCCUUCUUCUCGCCCUGAUCGCAUUUGCCGACGAGCAGACCGACUGCAAUCCGCUCAACAAGACAUGUCCUGCCGAUCCCGCCCUGGGCACCGAACAUACGUGGUGGCUCAACUCCACGCUCGAUGAUUCCCUCUGGGAUAUGGCCACGGGCACCCCCGAAUACACCUCUGACGGCGCCGAGUUCUCAAUCAAGACGGAGAAUGGUUCGACAUUGUUGGAGUCCAACUUCUAUAUCUUCUUCGGCGUGAUGGAGGCUCAUGUCAAAAUGGCCAAGGGUGCGGGAAUCAUCAGCAGCGUUAUUCUCCAGUCGGACGAUCUGGACGAGAUUGACUGGGAGUGGGUGGGAUACAACACCAGCGGGGUGCAAUCGGAUUUCUUUGGCAAAGGCAAUACGACGACCAGCGACCGUGGCGGAAACCAUGCCGUGUCGAAUGCAGACACCGAGUUCCACAACUACACCACAUACUGGGAUCAGGACCGCUUGGAAUGGUGGAUUGAUGGCGACCUGGUGCGAACGGUGAACUAUUCCGAACCGUUGACUGUCUAUGGAAAGAACUAUCCUCAGACGCCUUGCCGGGUCAAGGUCAGCUGUUGGCCGGUCGGAUUGGCUUCACAGUCGAUAGGAAAUAUCGAAUGGGGUGGUGGUCUCGUGAAUUGGACGAAUCUCCCCUUCACGAUGGAGGUACAGAAGAUCCGCGUCAAGGACUUCCAUACGGCCAAGGAAUACACAUAUUCUGGACACACCGGCUCGUACGACAGUAUCAAUGUCAUCAGUGGAAACUCCACCGCAAAGACCGAAAUCGAAAAGACGCCGGCCAAGUCGCUGUCCGACAAAUGGGAUGAUCUGGGAACAGGCGCCCACAUUGGAGUAUACGUUGGUGCUGCCGUAGCUGGUGCUCUGGCUAUCGCUGGCUUGGUGUGGUACUGCAUCCGCCAGCGCCGAAAGGGCCGUCUCGAACGUGCACUAGCGGAGGGAGAUGAGAAUUCAUCGGCCACGGAACUGGACGCCUUGAAAAAGCAGUGGCGACAAAGUGACUGGAAUGCGAGCUAUACUCCGCUCAAACAAUAA